AUCAAUCCAAAGCACUGGCGGAACAUACACAGGUAGGACCUUCACCUUAAUUUGUAGCAUACUCCAAAGCAAAUAAAACAGUGUUUCAUUCUAUCGUUAAUUCCCAGAAUUCACAUCAAGUUUCCUGUGACUUAUUUCUCCACUUUCACUCAAUUUCCCUGUCAGGUAUCAAUAAUUCAUCAAUACAAUUUAGCCCAUAUAUGAUUUAACUGACCGGGAAAUAUGGGAGAGAUUGAUACCAAACCAAUUGAAUCAGUCCGGGCUGCUUUGUCCUUGUUUGAAGAGAAGACUGAUCACCGGAAAACCCGGGUUUCCGGCACAGAUAAGGAUAGUGAGAAAGAGAGGGAGCUUGAAGGUGUGUUGAAGGAUUUGGCCAAUUACAAGGUGCAGCUGGAAGCAAAAGAUGCUGCCUACAUGCAAGCCCUUCUCAAGCUGCAACACCACCAGUACACAGCAGUUGAACUCUCCGCUCUCCUUGAAAACAUCGAGUUUGAGAGAGAUAAGUACGUUGAGGAAUGUAAAGAGGCUCGGGUACAGAUAUACAAACUCGAAUCCAAGGUAACGGAGAUGGCAGAUCAGUUGACGGAGACUCUGAAGGUGAGAGAGCAGCUCAUGCAUGUUUUUAGUGAGUUGAAGGCUACACAAGCAGAGCUGCUUAGCAUGGAAACAAAACUCGCGUACGCUAGAGAUUCGGAGCUAAAAGCUCUAUCGCAAGCAGAGCUGAUGGAAACAGCUUUCGUGAUGGAAAAAGAGAGGGCAGAAGAGCUUCUUAAACAUGUCUCGGAGUUAAGUGAAGCCAUGGUUAUGUCAAAGGUUGCUGCUAGUGAAGGAGAGAAAGAGAAGUUGGCAAUCUUAUCUGCGAAAGAUGCUGAGUUUGAGGUGGCUAUACAGGCUGCUCUUCUAGCGCAGGAGCAGCUUGAAGAUUCAAACAAACAAAAGGCAAAGAUGGAGGAGUUGGAGGAUCAGCUCCUAGCCAAGUCUUCGUUCAUUGAGAUGCUUCAGUUGGAGAUUAAACAGGUGAAUGAAAACCUUAGUUUCUCUGAGAUGGCGUCUUCUGAUGCGAUGAAUGACUUGAAGCAGCUGGAAAAGGAGUUAGAAGAGAAGGAAAGAAAGAUCUCGGAUCAGGAAGGUUUCAUCAAGGCGCUAGAAAUGGAACUGAAUCAAUUAAAAUUGGAGCUUAUUGAUGCAAAUCAAGUGGCCAACAGCCUGAAGCGCGACGUUGAAGUUCUUACUGAGGAUUUACAGAAAGCUAUUAUAGAGCUUGGUGAGAUGGCAGAAAGGGAAAACAAUGCUCUGGUUGAGAUAGCAAUGCUGGAAUCUGAGCUUCAUAGAGGGAGGUCAAAAAUUGCAGCAGCAGAGGCAACUGAAGCAAGAGCUGAAAAUGUGAAAUCGGGGUUGUACCUCGCGAUUCAGCAACUAGCAAUAGAAGCUGAAACUGCCAAGAACGAAAACAGAAUGUUAAAGCAAGGAGCAGAUAGCGUAGACGAAGAAACGGACGAACAAUCUCCCCUUGUUGAUUUUGUUGAGGUUUCCGAAAUUGGUGAACAGAAGGAAGAAGCUGAAGAGCGAAAGGAUGAGAAUGAUUACCAAGUAACAAUUUCGUUGAAGGAGUACGAGUCCUUGGUUAAGAAGGCUGAGCAGGCUGAUCAAAUUCCUUUGUCAUUGGCGGAAGGCUUUAGCCGUCAGUUCAGCUUCAGCGCCGCGGAAGACAAGUCAGAAAAUUUGAAGAAGGAGUUGGAAGCUGCAAUGGAAAAGGUUACGCAAUUCAGGAACCGGGCUGAGCAGGCUACUACUAGGGCUGAUCUCGCUGAGAGAGCGAAGGAAAGACUAGAGGACCAGAUAAGGAUUCGGCGGGAGGUGAAGCAAAGGAGAAAAGCUGCUCUUGCCGCACUUAGGGAGGUAUCUCUUCCUAAACAAUUUAGCCCUCCCGAGUACGAAUCUCCAGAUGAAUUUAAGCCUCCUGCACAUGAAUCUGGAGAAGAAUUUAUGCCUCACGCAUCAGAAGAAACACACAAAAAACGUCUGCAAUUGCGUGAGGUACUUAAAAUGAAAUUCUAGUUGCGAUCUUUGUUAAGUUGAGGCCAGUUAAUAAUUGUUCAUGUGAGUAAGGCAUAAUUGUUCAUGUGAGUAAGACAUACUGCUUGUUGAAUUAAUAUAUUCGGUUAUUAAUACCAG